AUGAAGCGAACCAAGAAGCAAGCCCAGAAGCAGCCCAAGAAGCCCCGCCUGGACUCGACCACAGAAGCAGAAGACGUCAUGGAGGUUGUGGCGCCCACGCGCCGACCGGUGGCAGCGACUCCCGGCGGCGUGGGUCUGGACGAGACCCUCACCGACGACGCGCUGGUGGCUGUGUGCCGCCACGUCCACGCCGGGGCCGACCUCGUGCGCCUCUCGUGCGUCAGCCGCACUCUCCACCGCCUCAUCGCCCACCCGACCGACGGUGCCCCGGUGUGGCGCGAGCUGUUCCGGCGCGAGCGCGGCCCGGCGGCCUACGCGGCCAUGAGCGCGCUGGUCCAGCUCCACGGGGCCGACGCCGUGCGCCAUGUGUUUGUGGCCGACCGCGAGAACCUGCUCCAGGCCAUGGCCGGUGGGGCCGGGGAGGCGGCGGCCGCGCUGCCGCAGCGCAGCGUGUGGUGCGAGGCCUUCAUCGAAACUGACGAGAAGCUGGCCUGGCGCCGUCUGCUGGCGGACGUGGCGUCCGACCGCGCGGGCGGCCUGGAGGAGCUGGCCAAGGCGACCGCGCUCAUGAAGUUCCGGGACACCGUCGAGACCCGCAUCGCCGCUUGGAUCGGCGACGACGAAGCCGACAACGAAGACGACGACGACGAAGACGACGACAAGAACGAAGAAGAGAGUCAUCACGAGAAGAAAAAGAACGAAGACCAAGAGGAGAAGGCGGAAAAGAAAGAGAGUGAAGAUGACGAAGACGAUGAGGAAAAGGAGAAGGAUGGUGACGAUGAAGACGACAACGACGACGAAGACGAUGAAGACGAGGACAAGCUGGCCAGGAGCGAGCCCAAGCUGGAGACUAAUCUGCAGAAGAUGCAGGUGCGCAUGCUCCUGAACAUGAUGCGCGUCACCAAGCACAACGACUUCUCCUGCGGCGACGACUACCGCGGUAUCUUCGGCACCAGCAGGAAGAACGUGACGCUCGGGUUCCUUCGUGACAACACUGUCUCCAGCGUAGAAUCCUCUGGCGGAGAUGGCCAGUACAAUGUGACCACCUGCAAGAUCAGCCUCUCCGUCGGCGGCAAGGCUCAUGGCAGGGUGUGGGAGUACGCGACCAACUCAGCGCGCGAUGACAAUCCCGCCUGCUCGCCCAAGAGCUGUCCCCAGCUGCAGAAGUUGUGGGAAGAGCUGCUCAAGCCGAGUGCCGACAGCGACGAGGGCCUUACCUUCCGCCAUUUCCUUCACUUCCUGGGGGUGGCGCUCGACCUCGCCCACGAGGACGACUACGAGCGCGGCUACACCGCCUUCCACUCCUUCCUCGACCUCGCUCCUGCGUAA